AAUAAAAAUAAAUAAUAGUAGAAAGAGAUUACAGAAAAAAGAAAGAAAACUAGAAAGGAGAAAUGGAGAGUUACCUCAACUCGAAUUUCGACGUUAAGGCGAAGCAUUCAUCAGAGGAAGUUCUUGAAAAAUGGCGGAAUCUUUGCAGUGUCGUCAAGAACCCGAAACGUCGGUUUCGCUUCACUGCCAAUCUCUCCAAGCGUUACGAAGCUGCUGCCAUGCGCCGCACCAACCAGGAGAAAUUAAGGAUUGCAGUUCUCGUGUCAAAAGCCGCAUUCCAAUUUAUCUCUGGUGUUUCUCCAAGUGACUAUAAGGUGCCUGAAGAAGUUAAAGCAGCAGGCUUUGACAUCUGUGCAGAUGAGUUAGGAUCAAUAGUGGAAGGUCAUGAUGUGAAGAAGCUCAAGUUCCAUGGUGGUGUUGAUGGUCUUUCAGGGAAGCUUAAGGCAUGUCCCAAUGCUGGUCUCUCAACAGGUGAACCUGACCAGUUGAACAAACGACAAGAGCUUUUCGGAAUCAAUAAGUUUGCAGAGAGUGAACUACGAAGUUUUUGGGUGUUUGUUUGGGAAGCACUUCAAGAUAUGACUCUUAUGAUUCUUGGUGUUUGCGCUUUCGUCUCUUUGAUAGUUGGGAUUGCAACUGAAGGGUGGCCUCAAGGGUCACAUGAUGGUCUUGGCAUUGUUGCUAGUAUUCUUUUGGUUGUGUUUGUGACAGCAACGAGUGAUUAUAGACAAUCUUUGCAGUUCCGGGAUUUGGAUAAAGAGAAGAAGAAGAUCACGGUUCAAGUUACGCGAAAUGGGUUUAGACAGAAGAUGUCUAUAUAUGAUUUGCUACCUGGUGAUGUUGUUCAUCUUGCUAUUGGAGAUCAAGUUCCCGCGGAUGGUCUUUUCCUCUCGGGGUUCUCUGUUGUUAUCGAUGAAUCGAGUUUGACUGGUGAGAGUGAGCCUGUGAUGGUGACUGCACAAAACCCUUUUCUUCUCUCUGGAACCAAAGUUCAAGAUGGGUCUUGUAAGAUGUUGGUUACAACAGUUGGGAUGAGAACUCAAUGGGGAAAGUUAAUGGCAACACUUAGUGAAGGAGGCGAUGACGAAACUCCGUUGCAAGUGAAACUUAAUGGAGUUGCAACCAUCAUUGGGAAAAUCGGUCUUUUCUUCGCUAUUGUUACCUUUGCGGUUUUGGUGCAAGGAAUGUUUAUGAGGAAGCUUUCAUUGGGAACUCAUUGGUGGUGGUCUGGAGAUGAUGCAUUGGAGCUUUUGGAGUAUUUUGCUAUUGCUGUCACAAUUGUUGUCGUCGCGGUUCCUGAAGGUUUACCAUUAGCUGUCACUCUUAGUCUCGCCUUUGCGAUGAAGAAGAUGAUGAACGAUAAAGCGCUUGUUCGUCAUUUGGCAGCUUGUGAAACAAUGGGAUCUGCAACUACUAUUUGCAGUGACAAGACUGGUACAUUAACAACAAAUCACAUGACUGUUGUGAAAUCUUGCAUUUGUAUGAAUGUUCAAGAUGUAGCUAGCAAAGGUUCUAGUUUACAGUCUGAAAUACCUGAAGUUGCUUUGAAACUACUUCUCCAAUCGAUUUUUAAUAAUACCGGUGGCGAAGUUGUUGUGAACGAACGUGGCAAGACUGAGAUAUUGGGGACACCAACAGAGACUGCUAUAUUGGAGUUAGGACUAUCUCUUGGAGGUAAGUUCCAAGAGGAGAGACAAUCUUACAAAGUUAUCAAAGUUGAGCCUUUUAACUCCACAAAGAAAAGAAUGGGAGUAGUGAUUGAGCUGCCUGAAGGAGGACGCAUUCGUGCUCAUACGAAAGGAGCUUCAGAGAUAGUUUUAGCGGCUUGCGAUAAAGUCAUCAACUCAAGCGGUGAAGUUGUUCCGCUUGAUGACGAAUCCAUCAAGUUCUUGAAUGUAACAAUCGAUGAGUUUGCAAAUGAAGCUCUUCGUACACUUUGCCUUGCCUAUAUGGAUAUCGAAAACGGGUUUUCUGCGGAUGAAGGUAUUCCGGCUACAGGGUUUACUUGCAUAGGGAUUGUUGGUAUCAAAGACCCUGUACGUCCUGGAGUUAGGGAGUCCGUGGAACUUUGUCGCCGUGCGGGUAUUAUGGUGAGAAUGGUUACAGGAGAUAACAUUAACACCGCAAAGGCUAUUGCUAGAGAAUGUGGAAUUCUCACUGAUGAUGGUAUAGCAAUUGAAGGUCCUGUGUUUAGAGAGAAGAAUCAAGAAGAGAUGCUUGAACUCAUUCCCAAGAUUCAGGUGAUGGCUCGUUCUUCCCCCAUGGACAAGCAUACACUGGUGAAGCAGUUAAGGACCACUUUUGAUGAAGUUGUUGCUGUGACUGGUGACGGGACAAACGAUGCACCAGCACUCCACGAGGCUGACAUAGGAUUAGCAAUGGGCAUUGCCGGAACAGAAGUAGCGAAAGAGAGCGCGGAUGUCAUCAUUCUUGAUGAUAAUUUCAGCACAAUCGUCACAGUAGCGAAAUGGGGACGUUCUGUUUACAUUAACAUACAGAAAUUUGUGCAGUUUCAGCUAACAGUCAAUGUUGUUGCCCUCAUUGUUAACUUCUCUUCAGCUUGCUUGACUGGAAGUGCUCCUCUAACUGCUGUGCAACUACUUUGGGUCAACAUGAUAAUGGACACACUUGGAGCUCUUGCUCUAGCUACAGAACCUCCGAACAACGAGCUGAUGAAACGUAUGCCCGUUGGAAGGAGAGGGAAUUUCAUUACCAAUGCAAUGUGGAGGAACAUCUUAGGACAAGCUGUGUAUCAAUUCAUUAUCAUUUGGAUUCUACAGGCCAAAGGGAAGUCCAUGUUUGGUCUUGUUGGUUCUGACUCUACCCUUGUAUUGAACACACUUAUCUUCAACUGCUUUGUCUUCUGUCAGGUUUUCAAUGAAGUAAGCUCAAGGGAGAUGGAAGAGAUCGAUGUUUUAAAAGGCAUACUCGACAACUAUGUCUUUGUGGUUGUUAUUGGUGCAACAGUUUUCUUUCAGAUUAUAAUCAUUGAGUUCUUGGGCACAUUUGCAAGCACCACACCUCUUACAAUAGUUCAAUGGUUCUUCAGCAUAUUUGUUGGCUUCUUGGGUAUGCCGAUCGCUGCUGGCUUGAAGAAAAUACCCGUGUGAUCGAAGACACAAUGCCGAUAACAACUUUGCUCUUAUAGAACAAAAGUUCCUAUUGACA